CGGAAGAAGCAACUUCCAUCGCCACCGGCCGACAUCCUCUCCAUCGCUCCCUGCUAAGCUGCCACUGACCAUUGCAUACACAUCCUGCCUGUGCCUGAUCCCAAGGCGACGAUGGCCGGACGCACGCUACUGUCGGCGGUCCUGUUGUGCAUGGCGGCCGCCAUGGCCGCGGGGCAGUCGGCGUCAAACGUACGCGCCACCUACAACUUCUACAACCCGCAAAAGAUCAACUGGGACCUCAACGCCGCCAGCGCCUACUGCGCCACAUGGGACGCCGGCAUGUCCUUCGCCUGGCGCUCCAAGUACGGCUGGACCGCCUUCUGCGGGCCUGCCGGGCCCACCGGCCAGGCAUCCUGCGGCAAGUGCCUCCAGGUGACCAACACGGCGACCGGCGCACAGAUUACGGCGAGGAUCGUCGACCAGUGCAGCAACGGCGGCCUGGACCUCGACCACGACACGGUGUUCAGCAAGAUCGACACCAACGGGCUGGGUAUGCAGCAGGGCCACCUCACCGUCAACUACCAGUUCGUCGAUUGUCGCGACAACUAAGCAUGAAAGAAUUGGUGCUCCAAUGCCACCAAAGGAAAAUAAUAAGAAGCUGUAGUACAAAUGAUGAUGCACUUCUUCAAAUCGAUCGUAAUAAAGUGGAAUAAACAAAUUGAACUGUGCUGGAUCCAAGGAUUUCACCCUCUAAUCACAAUCCUUAUGUAUGGAUGGACUAGGACAGAAUUAUAGACGAGUCGUCUGUUGGAUGUGGGAUAUUAUGGAUUUUUCCAUUUCUUGGUCAUCAUCAAGUUUUGCUUUUUUUUUUGCACCUCAUUUCAGUAGGUUAAUGUCAACUUUGCAGCGCUUAAUGAUCUGGGAAGGUGAACUACUAUAAAACAUGAUGUUGAUUACUCGUGGAGAAGUGCAAUUCUGAUGGGUGGAUUAGUUCACUUUCUGACAUAUAUAAGCCAGGGAU